GCCCCCACACGCACAGGGGCGAGUCAGUGGUUACGACUUACGAGCACAAACCCUCCUCCCCCGGCGCUCUCCACUCCGCCAUGCUUCCGAGGCCGAGCCAAAGAAGCAUCUUCUACCUCGGGGAGGAGGGUGGCGACGACCACAGCGUCGCCGAGGAGCAUGUGAAGAACAUCGAUACUAGGCGCAGCCACGGAGCGCGCCAAGACGACGGCUGUCAAUGGCGAAAGCGAGACGCCGCCGUGGACGCGGUCGGCGUCGGGCUACAGAUCCUGGUCCAGAACCGCCACCACACGAAGGUGCCGCCGUCGCACUCGCAUAUUGUCCUGAAGCAGGUGGUAGUCCUGACGACGGUGGCGCCACACCGCCGUGUGCCGUGCAGCAGCUUCUUGAGCGCCUGCUCCCGCUGCAGGAAGGAGCUCAGCGGCAAGGACGACGUGUUCAUGUACAGAGGCGACCAGGGGUUCUGCAGCGAGGAGUGCCGGUGUGAGCAGAUCUUGGUAGACGAGGCGAGGGAGCGUGAAGCCAUGUUCGGCGGGAAGCAGCGCAUGCGGCGUGGGUUGCCUCGCCGUCUCCACCACGGGCCACGGUCGGCGAUGGGGGCGAUCGGCGGUGGUGCGUCGAGGAGGCUAGUUGCGACAGCCUACUAGGAUCUAGCAUCUGUCUGUCGUCUGUGUUUAUCUGAGGUCGAUGCAUUGAAGAAAUGGCAACUAGGACUCAUUGCGCACUGGUGAUGUUAUGAACCUAUGAUAUACUUGCAUUCAGAGGAACCGCCAUGUAUCUUCCUAUAGUCUAUAAUGAUCGAAUUGAGAAAGAAACAAGUGCCAUGUCUAGCUGUUCGUGCACAAAGUAAAGAGAGAUGCAGGAUAUCGCAUUAGAUUGUGAAAAACCGUGA